UCAAUCAACAGGUAUUCCAGUGGAUAUAGUGUACUGAUACGUCGAACAUGUGAUUUUGUUACGUCCAACGAACAAGAUAAUUUUGAAGAAAAAUGACAAUGAAAAUACGAUUCGUUCUAGUUCUACUGGCAGCAGUUGCUGAAAGUUGUUGCAUUGAUUUUGAUGGGAGUGAAUAUGGGUUGACUAAGAUUAUCAACGGCUGUGAGUGGAUAAAUAGACAAAAUGUAAUAUCCGAGAUUCUACUGGAUCGCUACCGUAAAUACGUAACGAAUCAGUUCUUCCUGAUGGAAGAUGUGUGUGCCGUAUAUGAGCGGAACAAGAACUCACGGGAUUCUGAGACUUAUGGAAAUGAAGUGGAAGAAGAAAAAGUGAUCCCCGAUGAAAAUAACAGAGAUAAUGUUUCGGGAGAGAGACCGUCCUCCUCAUCGUCCGGGGGCACAGUAAAUUCUACCUGUACCAGAAGCGCCAGAGAUUUCUUUGUGUGUAUCAUCGAACAGCUGAACGAUUCAACGCUCAAUUCAUUGAUAUUGGAUAAUCUAGAAACAACCUGCGAACCACGUUACUCAGCAGUGGCUGCUAAUAAACGCAACUCCAAAUACGUCUCCAAACAAAAGUUUUACUCCUGGGGUGGCAAACGAAACGUUUUCUACCCAUGGGGCGGUAAACGUAAUGAUGGUCGCAUUCAUCGUCAGCCCAAGGUUGUCAUUCGUAAUCCAUUUCAUGCGUGGGGAGGAAAACGGAGUGAAGAUUACAGUCCGGACAUCUAAGAGCAACAUUCUCUUCCGUUGUCUGUAGUUGGCCUAGGUACAUCGUGAAACACAAGCAACUUAAAAAAUUUCCUCUUGCAAUACAACAUUGAUUGCCAGUGCAUGUUCCAGUUUCAUCCAUAAAUGUAGUAAAUAAAAGCUAAG